AUGAGCUCGCGUCCACGUCGCUCAGCGGCCACCAAGGCCAAUGAAGUCAUUUCUGUUCAUGCCAGAUGGGCUGACUCUCCAGAAAGAAGCGAAAGGAGCAUGUCGUCACGACGCUCUGGUCGCGCCUCAGGCGUGUCCGUCUCCCGGGAUGAUACCUCAUCACCAGGUGGCGAUCGUCAUUUGAGUUUGACUGUCAAACUUCCUUCCAACAAACUACGACAGGCUACACGCGGGGAGCGUGGCUUUGAAGGCGGAGAAAUUGUAUCCGGAAAGCGGAAUCGAGGAGCUAAGAAAAGUUAUGUGGUUGACUCAAGCCCCGAUGAAGAUGAAGAAGAGGAAGAGGAGGCAGAGAUUGAGGUGGAGGAAGAUGAUGACGAUGAGAUGGAUGUUGACGCUGAGGGUGAGGAGGAUGCCGAGGGAGACAUCGAUAUGGAUCUAGCUCCUCCAACCAUCACUGUUUCCAAACCAGUCCGGUCCAAGCCAGCACCUCGAGCAUCGGCUGCCAAGGUCAUUCAGGAUGACGACGACGACGACGACGAGCUUAGUGACCCCGUUGAUAGCGACGCUGGAGACGAGACUAUGGGUUUUGGUGAUGAGACCAUGGCUGACGAUGGUGACGAGGACGCUGAAGGCGAGGAGAUUGAGGUUGCAGGCCAAGAAGGAGACGAGGAUGACGAAGACGAAGAAGAUGAGGAGGAAGAAGAAGAUGAAGAAGGCGAUGGAGGCGACAAUGACGACGAAGAUGACGAAGAUGACGAUGGCGAUGGCAACCCAGACGAGUCUAUCGAUCUCACCAAAAUGACAAAGCGGCAACGAGCUCGAUUUGAAGAUGACAACGCGCAUCAGUACAUGAGGUUGUCAGAUGAGGUACAAGCGAAGAAGGUUUUUACAGCUGAGGAAUUGUCCAUGCGUCGACAGGAGAUGGCCCGGCGACGCCGCAACUUGAGUGAAAAGCGAAAUGAGGAAGUGAAGAUGGAAACGAUUAACAAACUCCUCAAAAAGCAAGCACCCAAGAUCAACCGCAAGGCUGCAGCUGCUGGCGUAGGCGGUCUAGAAGACUCAAACAAGCCUGAUCCCGUCUUCGUUCGGUGGGUCAGUAACAAAACUGGAGUUCGAGUGGCAGUGACAGAAGAGAUGCUUGACAGCCCGGCCGGUCAGGUUUUCAAGCCUUCAUCUAAACUGGCACCGGGUAAGAUGGUCCAGGAAGUUGCUUAA